AACCGAAUUUCGUAAUUUCGAAACGAACGAUUUCAGCCGGCGAAGGGGAGAAGAAAAUGUCCGCAUCGACGGAUCAGGAUCCCGUGGAACUGAUGCUGAAGAAGACCGGCUGUAUAGAGCUUCACUACAAGGUGCAGGAGUGCAUUGCCGAGACGGGAGACUGGAGGGCUUGCCAGGAAAAAGUUAAGGAGUUCCGCGCGUGCAUGCAGAAGUACGUGGAGCAGCAGAGCCAGAAGUAUGCCCACGUCAAGUAG